AUGGGCUUUUUCGGGAAAAAGGCACCGCUUCCGCCGCCGAGGAACCCCACGGACACUGUAAUACCUAUCCCAGCAUGGGAUGACCAACAUCACUUGCGCGCUUUGUGCCUGCAUCUUGCUUACCGAUUCGACGACGUUCUUGACCCAGAGGUCCCACGCCAAUCACUGGAACGUCUGUUGGAGUUGGACGGCUGGCGGACACUAGGAGCGCGACUUCGCAAGAAGGAUGACGGAAAAUUAGAAUACCACAUACCAGCGCAGUACAAUGCAAAACGGCCUGGCUUCAACUACACAGUUAUUAAGCAUCCUAUGGGCAUCAAGGAGCAUCCUUUAGCUGCCAGUUUCCCCCAAGCAACUGGCCAGCCAUCACUGCUUGGCGACCCCGCGGAUCUCACAUCUGUAUGUCUGUCUGCGGAUACCCCCACAAGGGUCGAUGACUGGCUCUAUUCAGAUCGACCGCAACUUGUCAUCGAUGUGGUGUUGUUCAGCGAUGCGACCCUGCUGACUGUGACCUUCAUGCACACGCUCAUGGAUGCUAUGGGCCUUUCAAGUUUCCUCAAGGCAUGGACUGCUAUCAUGAAUGGACGAGAUCAGGUCCCAACCUUUCAGCAGGUUGGUGAAGAUCCAGCAGCGCGCUUCACUGAUAGAACCCCGGCCGACACCUAUGUGAACGGCUCCUUUCUGCUAACCGGCGUUCGUUUCUUGGGUUUCAUCGCCUGCUACCUCUUCGAGCUCAUCUGGCACCGCGGCCAGAAUAAACGUAUAAUCUGCAUCCCAGGGCGAUAUAUCGAUGAGAUGCGGGAACAGGCAUUGCACGAGCUAGCCGAGCAAAAGCUAGCCGAGCAAAACAAGGAAGGGCCUGCUCCCUUUCUUAGUGAAAGUGACGUGCUUUUAGCAUGGUGGCUCAAAGCCUUGGUUAGGGCUCUGAAUCCAUCCCCCGGCCGCUUGGUCUCCCUUUGGAACGUGUUCGACAUCCGCUCGACUGCUCUCCAGGAAUCACCAUCUGAGAACACAGCCUUCAUCACGAACGCUAUCCUUGUAGCCAUGACCUUUCUUCGCACCCACCAGAUUCUCCGCGAACCAGUCAGCUUCGUGGCCUCCCACAUCCGCCGCUCGCUCGUCCAACAGCGCACUCUACCCCAGAUCGAAGCAUUCUUUGCUUUGCGCAAAUCCGCCUCGCAGAAACAUCUACCAGUGUUCGGCGAACCGACCUCCCUUCUUGUCUGCUGUAGUAACUGGCACCGAGGUCGGUUCUUUGAAGUAGACUUCUCACCUGCGGUUCUUGCCCCGCCGCCCCACGACCGUGUGCAUCCGCUGGGCAGGCCAUCGUGCGUGAUUCCUCUCCAUCAUUCGAGUGGCCUUGCUUUGCGAAACCUGGGGCCCAUCAUUGGCAAGGAUGCAGCUGGGAACUGGUGGCUAUCGUGCACUGUGAGGACGAGUGCCUGGUCUGGCAUCGAACAGGAAUUGAAUGCGCUAGGCGCAAGAAAGACCCAGUGA